CUAAAAACGUCACACGCGGAAGUACCAACAUGGAGGACGGGAGAGAAGCUUCCACGAAUUCACUUCUGAAAGAUGAGUGCUACACUGAUUUCCUGGCCGAGGACUUUGAUGUGAAGACGUACACCGCUCAGGCCAUUCACCAUGCCGUCAUUGCCGAGCAGCUGGCCAAGCUGGCACAGGGCAUCAGUCAGCUGGACAAGGAGCUGCACAGCCAGGUUGUGGCCAGACAUGAAGACCUACUGUCACAGGCGACUGGAAUAGAGUCCCUUGAAGGGGUCCUUCAGAUGAUGCAGACAAGGAUCAGUGCUCUGCAGGCAGCUGUUGACAGGAUAAGGACGAAGAUUGUUGAUCCGUACAACAAGAUUGUGGCCAGGAUCACUCAGCUUGCCAGACUGCAGGUGGCUUGUGACCUUCUGCGGAGGAUCAUUCGUAUCUUGUACCUUAGCAAGAGGCUGCAGGGUCAGCUACAGGGGGGCAGCAGGGAGAUCACCAAGGCUGCGCAGAGCCUCAACGAACUAGACUAUCUGUCACAAGGUGUGGAUCUGAGCGGCAUUGAGGUGAUUGAGAAUGACUUGCUGCUAAUCAGCAGAGCCAGGCUGGAGGUGGAGAACCAGGCCAAGAGACUGUUGGAGCAGGGCAUGGAGAUCCAGAAUCCCACUCAGGUCGGCACGGCCCUGCAGGUCUUCUAUAACCUGGGCAGUCUAAGAGAGACCAUCAGCUCUGUAGUGGGGGGUUACAGGACCACCAUUCAGGACAACAUCACCAGAGCUCUGGACAUCAAGGGCCUGACACAGCCAGCCAAUCCCAGAGGUGCACCAGGCAGAGCGGUGCUGCCAACACCAGGCAACACCGCGGCUUUCCGUGCUGCUCUGUGGACCAACCUGGAGAAACUGAUGGACCAGAUAUGCGCUGCGUGCAGACAGGUGCAACAUCUGCAGAAGGUCCUGAUGAAGAAGAGAGACCCUGUCACUCACGUGUGCUUCAUCGAUGAGAUUAUCAAGGAUGGUCAGCCUGAUAUCCUCUACACCUUCUGGAAUGACGUAACCAACACACUUAGUGAGGAGUUUCACAGAGCAACUGAAGCCUCGUCCUUCCUGAAGCAGGCAUUUGAAGGUGAGUAUCCAAAGCUGUUGCGACUUUACAACGAGCUGUGGCGCCGCCUGCAGCAGUACAGCGCCAGCCUGCAGGGGGCGCUAACAAGCGGUGGAGGGAUGGACGCAUCUCUGGACAUCACGGCCACUGAGGCAGACAGUCAGGACCUCUUCACACACGGCAAACAGGACUACAACCCGGAGAAGGCUCUGAAGGACUCUCUGCAGCCGUACGAGGCAGCCUACCUCUCCAAGUCCCUCUCUCGCCUGUUUGAUCCCAUCAACCUUGUGUUUCCCAUGGGCGGCCGCAACCCGCCCUCCAACGAUGAGCUGGACAGCAUCAUCAAGACCAUCAGCAGUGAGCUGAAUGUAGCAUCAGUAGAUCCAAACCUGUCUCUGGCUGUGGCAAAGAAUGCUGCCAAGACCGUCCAGCUCUUCUGUGUCAAGUCUGAACAGCUGCUGUGUACUCAGGGUGAUGCCAGUCAGGUGAUCGGUCCAUUAACGGAGGGUCAGAGGAGGAACGUUGCCGUGGUCAACUCCCUCUACCGUCUGCAGCAGGCCGUCGCCAAGAUUAUUUCAGGAUUGGGGUCGUGUCCAGCGGCUGCUGAAGAGGUCCUCUCUUCUUCUCUGGAGGGAGUGCAGGCCCUGAUGAGCAGUGCGGUACAGCCUCUCCUGCAGUCAGUCAGCGACUCCAUAGAGGCCAUCAUCAUCACGCUACACCAAGAGGACUUUUCAGGGCCUCUGUCCAGCCCCGAUAAGCCUGACGUUCCGUGCUCCCUCUACAUGAAAGAGCUGCAGGGCUUCAUCUCCAGAGUGAUGGCGGACUACUUCCGACACUUCCAGUGCGUGGACUUCAUCUACGAGAGCACAGAGUCCAUCGCCCAGAGGGCCAUUGAGCUGUUCGUCCGCCACGCCAGCCUGCUGCGCCCACUAGGGGAGGGCGGCAAGAUGAGACUGGCUGCCGACUUCGCUCAGAUGGAGAUGGCAGUGGCUCCUCUCUGCAGGAGAGUGUCUGAUUUGGGGAAACCUUACAGAAUGCUGCGCUCCUUCAGGCCGCUGCUGUUUCAGACCAGUGAGCUGAUAGCCAGCAGUCCAGCUGUGGGUGACCUGAUCCCCUAUAGCACCCUGCUCCACUUCCUCCUCACCAGAGCACCGUCUGAGCUCAAGUCCCCUCAUCAGAGAGCAGAGUGGUCCAUCGCCCGUUACUCCCAGUGGCUGGAUGAUCACCCCUCUGAGAGAGACAGACUCACUCUCCUCAGGGGCGCUCUGGAGGCCUACGUGCAGUCAGUGAGGGCUCGGCAGGGGAAGGAGUUUUCUCCCAUCUAUCCCAUCAUGCUCCAGCUGUUACAGAGAGCAACCAGCGGCUCACAGUAGGUCAGAGCCUGAGGAUGACCACACGGCUGUAAUACGUGUCUGACUGCAGAGGAUCAGGUUUAGCUCUAUGCACACUACAUGCCACCUUUAUUAUUUAUAACUAGAGCAGCUAAAUGGAACUGAUCGGUCUUAUUUGUACUAUUUGGCUCAAUCAAGGGAAUGUAUGUGAAAGAUUUGAGUUCUGAGAAUUCUGACUUUGAACUCACAACUCAAAUUAAAUAUUUUCAUGUGGGUUAGUUAUGAUGUUUGUGGGAAGCUGAAUCCAAAUCAGUGGAGUAUCUGACAACAGUCCAGUUCAAUUCAAUUUGGAUUCUAUGUAAGAGGAUUUGGGCCACGUGAGAAAAUGUGAAGACAGAAUACUGGGCUUAAGGUCACAGUUAUGACUUUAUUCUCAGGAAACCAAUACAUUUUUCACGUGCCCCACAUCCUCUUCCGUCUGGGUCCGCUUUCUGCAGACACAGCAGUAGAAAUGUAACAGUGUACGCACACGCACACACACAGGACACUGUACACACACACACACACACACGCACACACACACACACACAGAGUUAUGUGUCUGAUCAUUGAUGAGUCAGAGAAGAAAUGGGGAAAUAUCUGCAGGACUUUAAUAUUUGUACAGCACUUCAUUAGAAGCAGAGUAUGACAGUAUAGACAGGUGCAUUCAGAUGGGCCACUUCCAUUGGUUGGGUGGAGGUUCCUCCACCAGCGGCUCCCAUGGUUUCCACUCUGACAUCUUCCUGGACAGAGCCAGCUCACACUCCGCCUGCACACAGGAGCACACAGUUCAUUAACACUCAUCAUCCCGGGACUGGAUGAACACAAACAACACAACCAGGCUCGCUGUUCCCCCUGCUUACUGUGGCUCUGUAUAAGAACGUUCUGAAAGCAGCCAUUUUGACAGGAAAUGGUGAACACAGGUGUGACAUUGAUACUAAUGAAGGAACAGAACAGGUCUAUAGCCUAGGAUAACUGUGUGCUUCACCUGAACACAUCUGCUGAACUACAACUGUAAUGCUUUAACUUCCCGGGAAUGUGUUUGAAGCUGCAGUAGGUGACCUUUACAGAAACAACCAAUCAGAGCCAAGAAAGAUAGCUGACUGAGUCAGGGUCCCAAAACAGCUGUAUGAUGUCCGGGGAACUCAUCUUUGUUUCUGUGAAAAAGGCCUGUGUUAGGUUUCUCUCAGCUCUGAUUGGUUGUUUUUGUUUACAUACGGUGGAUUCUUGCAAAUACCUUAAGGAGCAUCCUACUACUGUCAGGAUACAGUAUCACUAAAGGUUGCCUACUGCAGCUUCAAUGUCAGAUGCAAAUGUUUGAUUGGAAUUUUGAUGCAUUUGUUCAAAUAAAAAUCAUGUUUAUUACCAAUA